CAGGUGUUUUGACAGGAAGUGAUUCACCUCGCAGUCUUUCUGUUAGUAUGUUAAACUUCGUUCGCCGGUAGCAGGCUACCACUGGGACAUUAAUCUUAUUAAUAUUUACUAAACUUUGUUAUUGUCUGUGUGUCGCCGGAGGCGGGAAAGCACCAAGGAAUAUUACGUCACUGCUUCAAAGUUUUAGAUGCAGGAGGCCAGUGAGGCCCACAGCCCGGAUGACGACAUGGUGGGGGGAGACCUGGGGGACGGCAUGGGAGUCAAAGCGGCACCCAGCUCCACCAGGAAGAAGAGCCAGAGCUUUGCAGGACUCACCGAGACGCGGCUGUCCCAAACGGAGCCGGGAGAGGCGGGCUGGAUCCUCGGACUAAGACCGCAGAAACACAGCAGCAGAGAGCCCGCUGGAAGCUGCCCCUCUCCGCAGGCGCCCUGGUGGACGUGUCCAAAGACGAGCUGAAAGACAGACUACAGGAAGCCACUGAGGUGAUCGACGUGUUAUGCGGGGAGCUGGAGGUGGCACAUCGAUACCUGGAAGGCAAAUACGAAGCUCUGAAGAUCUUACAGGGGAAGGCCAUUCUUGACAAAGCCACGAGUCACACUAAAAGUCUGCUGCAGAAAAGCGAGGCGAGGGCCACAGCCCUGGAGAAGGAGGUGAACAGCUUGCAGUGGGAACUCAGCUUCAACCAGGUCCAGAUGAAGAAGUCUCAACAAUCCUGGGAGCAGAAAUACAACAGAAUUUGGAGUGAGAACAAGACUCUGACCGACCAACUGGAGAAGAGAGAGAGGGAGAUCCAGCAGCUCCGGGCAGAACAUUCCGCUUUUAGCCGGCAGUGCUUGGAGCUUCUCUCCAUGCUGAGUGUGAAGGAGCAGAGAGCUUACCAAGAAACCAAACCUCACUACAGCCCGGAGAGAGACGCAAGUCUUCUGGAGCUGGCGGUGUUGGGGGCGUGCCGGUGUCUCGGUGCUGCUGGAGCUUGUCCGUGCAGUCGGGCCGCGGCUGGCAGCAGGAAGCAGCUGGUCCAGCUCCAACAGGAGCUGGAUGCGCAGCGUCUGAAGAGAGAGGAGGCGUGGAUGGUCGCCGAUGCGUUUCGCAUCGCCUUUGAACAGCAGCUGAGGAAACGGAGUGAGCACUUCCUCCUGAAGUCUCAUCAGGGCAAAGCUGAAGGUGCUAACAGCAGCCCGUUAAUCAGUGUGAGCCAGAGGUUGAGAGGACUGCUGCCGUCCAAGAUGCCUGAGACGGAGACGGAGACUGAGACUGAGACUGAGACUCUCUACCGACUGCUGGACUUGCUGAACGACAAGGAGGAGGCCCUGGCCCACCAGAGGAAGGUGAGCAUCAUGUUAGCCCACAGUGCAGAGGAGCUGCAGAGACAGUUGCAUCUGGAUUCCCAUUGCCGGCCAGCAGACCCACCAGAGAACCACAACCAGCAGACUUCGGAUACGUCAGAGUCGAAGCUAGAAGCCCACGUCUCAUCAGAGUCGAGCAUCCAUGCCCAGCAACAGCUACAGCUGCUAGGUUCCCAGCAUCCCCCGGGACUACCAGCGCGUCUGUCAGAGUCCAGGACUGAACCACAGGAGCUGUCAGACCCAUCGCAGUCCAACAGCCAGCCACCGUCCAAGCACAAAAACCACAAGACUGAAAUCCAGAAUUCAGACCAACCAGAGUCCUGAUCCAGUCAGCAGACUCCUGUCUCAGACAGAGACGCAGCAGUCAGGGUUCGAUUCUAGAAUAGGAAGACGUGGUUUUAGCACACACCACCUGGCUCAAUGCAAACGCCUAGUUCAAAAAAAGACGAUGUUGUACUGAAUGUUCAAAAGACAAGUGAGUGAAGUCCACACAACAGCUGACAAACGGCCCUUCUUAGGACGGGCAUUGGAGAUUAGCAAUCGCUAAGGGAGACGCCAGCCACCCUCCUGAGGAAAUCCACCUUUUUAGUCAGGACCCAGCCUUCAUGACUAUAAUAGGGUCAAAUUGUCCGGUAGAUUGAGAGCUUUGCCUUCUGGCUGUGCUCUCUUUCGGCGCGUUACAGUGAGUGUAAUACCGCCCCCGCUGCUCUGAUUCUCCGGCCAGUCUCCCGCUCCAUUGUCCCCUCACUUUGCCAACCAGACCCUAAAGUAUUGAACUCCUUCACUUGGGGUAAGGACUCAUUCCGUACCCAAAAUAGUAGGCCCUCCAUCGGUUUCCUGCUGAGAACAAUGACCUCAGUUUUUGAGGUGCUGGUCCUCAUCCCGGCCCCUUCCUUCACACUCAGCUGCGAUCCCAUCCAGUGAAAAAUAUAUAAUAAUGCUUAACCCUCCUGAUGUCUUUGGGUCCAAUUUGACCCAUUUUCAACAAAAAAAAAACAUUUAUAUCAAAAAUAUGGUUUUCUUUCAAGCAAAUUGUCAGAAAUUAACAUAGAUGGUUCCAUGUAACCCUGAAGGAUCUGUACACUACUUUCAUUGGAUUCUGGGUGUUUUAUUCAGUUGCAUUAAAGCAUAUUUCUGCUUUUUAAACUUAAAAAUUAGCUUUACUCACCCUGAAUUCCAAGAAUAAGUGUAACACUCGUAUCACUUGGUAGUGAUACGAAUUGUAAAUUGAAAAAACAGAACUUUCAAAAAAUAAAUCUUGUGUGCCGGAAGCCAAGGGGAAAGGAAAGUUGAAAAAAGUGUCGAUUUCUUUAGCCGGGAGGACAACACAAGGGUUAAUAAUUGCAGAAAGGCGCCUUAUCUGCACAGUUGAAGUAUUUUCCCGGAGCAUUCAGGUGUUAUGCAGACAUCGCUCCCUUUUCUUUGACCAUUCAAUGCAAAUGCCUGUCAUGCUUCACACUGACAAACUAAAAUAACGUGCUGAUUAGGAUCUUAAAGUGGGAAGCAAUGUGACGAAGAAGAAGAUUGUAGGGAGGAGGACGGGUGAAUAAAGUGUUACUUGACCUGAUCGCUCAUUGCCUAACCCGACCUCCAACCAAUCACAGUAUGGCAAGCAGUUUUAUCAUUUAAUCAAGCCACGUUCCCAUCUCAUCCCACAUUGUGUGAAUGUUGAUUCAGCGCCAUUGACAGUAUUGUUAUUCAAUUCUUCAACUUUCUUUGGUCGCCUCUGACUUCUGCAUACUACAAAAAACAUUCAAAUCUCAAAAUGUUCCCCUCUUCCCAGUAAGCACAUAAUAAUAAUAAUAAUAAUAAUAAUAAUGAUAAUACAUUUUAUUUAUAAUGCCCUUUACAUUUCAAAAGGAAAUCUCAAAGGGCUACAGUUAAUAGGGAGUUAAAAACAGUGUCCAGAGUACGAUAACAAUUGACAAGCAAUAAUAAAACACCAUAAAACUAAAAUUAAAACAAUGACUGUUUAAAAGGCCUUUUGAAAUAAUAGUGUCUUUAGGCCCUUCUUAAAAGUCUCCACAGUUUGUGGGGCCCUCAGGGACUCUGGGAGGGCGUUCCAGAGCCGAGGGGCGACUGCCUGGAAGGCCCUGUCUCACAUGACGACACUUCACCAUUUGUUCGGCUAUUUAUACUUUUUAUUUUUAUUUUUUACAAUUAAAGUCAACGAGAGCAGACUUUAAAUCCUCUUCCACUUCAAAAUGCUUCUCCUGCUUCAUACGUUCACCUACCGACUCCAGUCAAACUUUAAACCGGUCCCAAAAAACUUCAGCUAUGAGGAUCUAUCGCAGCAGUUUGACAUUUGUAACAGUUUAUUGUGAAAAUUAAGUUUAGUGUUCCUUUCUGGAAGCUAAUUAUGGGUGUGUAUAGCGUGACUUACAGGGGGUGAUGUCAUCGCUAGAGCACAGAGCCUUAAAAAAAUCAUCUUAGCCCCUUUCUCUAUAACUUGCUCUCGCAUAUAUAUCUAUAAAUAUAUAUCUAUAUAUAUAUAAGGGUGGCUACUUUGAAGAAACUAGAAUAUAAGACAUGUUUUCAGUUAUUUCACUUUUUUUUUGUAAUUCCAUGUGUUCAUUCGUAGUUUUGAUGCCUUCAGGGAGAAUCUACAAUGUAAAUAGUUAUGAAAAUAAAGAAAAUGCAUCGAAUGAGAAGGCGGUUCCAAACUUUUGGCCUGUACUGUAUGUACAGUACAUCCAAACAUAGUUAUUUCCUUUAAUGUAUUUAUUCAUCUCGAACAAUCAACAAUAUCGCAAGACCAAGCAAAAAAAUCAGACAAUCAGAACAAUCAGAAUUUAACAAAAAAAGAUAUAAAUAAAAUAAAAAUAAAUCUAUAUAUACAUAUAUAUACAUAUAUAUAUAUAUAUAUAUUAGAUUAGUUUGAGAAGGAGCAGGUGGAAGCAAGUAGCUUAUUUGGUCCUGCCCCUUUCCCAAAAUCAUAUUUUUACCAAGUAAGUAGAUAUGUUAUGUUAUGCUUGUCUACUUUCAGCCAAAGAAAAAAUGAGAGUAGAGAUUUGUACGUGCCAAAGAGCGUUGUGUGGAAUCAAUCAUGUUAUUUUGGGUUAUGAAAAAGAACAUUGAUAUAGGAAAAGGGUUCAAUUUGACAGCAUGGUGCACAGGAAGUGGCCAGCCGAGGGCAGUGUUUGUCCACACAUGUCCCUCUCAGAGUGUGGACGGCUGCUCCCAGAGCACAUGCAGACUUCAUGACUCGGAUCCGGUCAUGUAGCUUUGUGUUCCAGCAUCACAAGAAACCCCCUCAGAGUACUAGACCUGCAAAGGCCAGACCGCUGUAUUCAUACAGCCCGUUUCAUACACUCGUGUUGUCUUCCAGUCAAACAUGAAAAAGUCCCAAAGUUUUGUAUUUGAAAUUUUAGUGCCCCCCCCCACCCCCAAUUGUUGGUCUCUUUUUUCAACAUUUGAAUCGUUCUUUCCGACAUUUUUUUUCUCCACUUUUCCCCCCAAUACAUGUCAUUUUUUCAAUGUUUCGGUUGCUUAUAUUUGACGUUUGAUGCUUUUUAUUGCGUGUUUGAUCGUUGUUUAUGUGGUUGCUUUAAUGUUUUGGCGUGUUUAAAAAAAAAUCAUUUUUACAUUUUUGGCGCUUUAUCGACAUCCCAUAUUUUGAAUAUACGACAAAACGUUGAAAACGGGUCAAAUUUCACCCAAGGACAACAUGAGGGUUAAACCUUUUCAGACCAAGGACCACUUACCCAAAGAAACAGAAACUUAUGGAACACCUAACUGUCAAAAUAGUCAGCUUGGCAGAAAUGUAAAGUUUCUUCCUUCAUAUUUCCAUAUUUCAAAUGUCAAGCUGAUCAUGUGUGCAUUUGACAUUGUCACAAAACGGCAGAAAAAAAACAGCCAGUUCAAAAAAAAAAAAACAAGUCAGCUGACAAAUGGGCCUCACUUUUUUUGGGCUUUGGAGUCUGUUUGAGAAACACAGUUUAGAGUUUUGAAAAACAUAUUUUACCAAAUCUACGGACCAGGUCACUCGCAGACCAGGGGUCCACCGCGACCAGCAGCGGUCCACGGACCACUGUUUGAGAAAUACUACUUUACUUAAUGAAGUAAUGUGUUUUUAACCCUUGUGUUGUAUUCCCGUAAAAAUUGAAAAUUGAUGCUUUUCAUCGAUGUUUUUAACUUUUUUUUGACGUUUUCAACACUUCAUAACACUAACUUAUUAACUUUAGUUUGGAAUUUAGGGUCAGUA